AUGGAGCGUCUGUCAUGGGGGCGGGGCAGUGCACCAGAGCAGCGUGAGUGUGUGAGCUGCUGGACGAGCAGCGCCCCCCUGUGGAGGAGAGACACGGAAGGUCGUCACCAGUGUAACACCUGCUGCCUCCAACAGAAACCCAACAACAGACCACUGCUGAGACCAAAGAGAGCUAUUGUGACUCAGAGAAAAGGAACUCAGUGUGUGAACUGUUUGACUGAAACAACGACUUUGUGGAGGAGAAACUCUGCAGGAGAACCGGUCUGCAACGCCUGUGGCCUCUACUACAAACUACACCAGGUCAACAGGCCGCUGGUGCUGAAGAAAGACAGAAUCCAAACCAGAAACCGUAAAGUGACGAAUAAGAACAAGAAGAGCAGGAAACCUGACCAAUCAGAGACUAAACUGUCCAUGCAGGUCCCGCCCACCAAGGAGGCCAUGUUUCACACAGCUGCCCUGUGACCUCCUCCCUCCUCCCCUGUCCUCUCCCCUCUCCUCCUAUCCUCUCUCCUCUCCUCUCCUCUCUCCUCUCCCUCUCGUCUUCUCUCCUCUCCUCCUCUCGUCUCCUCUCCUCU